AUGGGAACUGCUGAUGUGGAGCUGCACAGCAAUCCCCACUUCUAUUCUGCCAAGGCCAAAAGGCUGGAUCUGUGCCAGGGACUGGUAGGCGACUGCUGGUUCUUGGCGGCUUUGCAAGCUCUGACUUUGCACCAGGACAUCCUGAGUCGUGUCAUUCCCCUGAAUCAGAGUUUCACUGAGAAGUAUGCUGGCAUCUUCCAGUUCUGGGGGAGUUUCUGGCACUUUGGGAAGUGGGUUCCAGUGGUGGUAGAUGGCCGACUGCCUGUGAGUGAGGCUGGCCAGCUGGUCUUUGUCUCUUCUACCUACAGGAUCUUGUUCUGGGGAGCUCUUCUGGAAAAGGCCUAUGCUAAGCUCUCUGUCUCCUAUGAAGACUUGCAGCGUGGACAGGUAUCUGAAGCCCUUGUGGACUUCACUGGAGGGGUGACAAUGACCAUCAACCUGGUAGAAGCCCCUGGCAACCUCUGGGACAUCCUAACCUGAGCCAUCUACAACAGAACCCCGAUUGGCUGUCAGACCCACUCAGGGGAGAGAGUGCUGAAGAACGGGCUGCUGCAAGGCCAUGCCUAUACGCUCGCAGGGAUCAAGAAGGUGACCUCCAAACAUGGACCUGCAUACCUAGUCAAGCUGCGGAACCCCUGGGGAAGAGUGGAAUGGAAAGGAGACUGGAGUGACAGCUCAAGUAUGUGGGAGCUACUGAGGCCCAAGGAGAAGAUUCUGCUGCUGAGGAAAGAUGAUGAUGGAGAAUUCUGGAUGGCACUGCAGGACUUUAAAGCACAUUUCAUGCUUCUGGUCAUCUGUAAACUGAGCCCAGGCCUGCUGAGUCAGGAGGUGGCCCAGAAGUGGUCGUACACCAUGCUGGAGGGAAGAUGGGAGAAAGGGACCAUGGCUGGUGGUCCGACAAAGUCACCCGAAGACACAUUUUGGAGGAACCCACAAUUCCUGCUGUCGGUCUGGAGGCCCCAGGAGGGCAGGAGGUUCCAGAUGCCCUGCAAUAUGAGCAAGAGCUAUGAUGACCAGAGGAGACUGCCUCCCAAGUUCUUCUGGAAAAAUGCUCCCCUGAAUUGGCCUGAGACGUUUCUCAGAGAGAAGGAAGUGAGUCGGGACCUGUGGCUGGAGCCUGGGACAUACGUCAUUGUGCCCUGCACAUCUGAGUCCCGCCAGGGGUCUGAGUUCGUCCUCAGAGUCUUCUCCAGGAAGCGCAUCUUUUAUGAAAUUGGCCGCAAUUCAAGUGUCGUCUUCCCUAAGGAAACUGUAGACCAUGAAGGGCAGGAUGAGUUCUUUACCCAACUCUUUGAAAAGCAUCCAGAAAUAAAUACAGUCCAACUGCAGAAGAUCCUGAACCACAUGCCCCGGUCAGGUCUAAGGAGCGAACAGCCUCUCUUCAGCCUCGAGGCCUGCCAGGGGAUCCUGGCCCUACUGGAUCUUAAUGCGUCCGGCACCGUGAGUAUCCAGGAAUUCAGGGACCCGUGGAAGCAGCUGAUGCUCUAUCAGGAGGUUUUCCACAAGCAAGACACUAACCGUUCAGGAUGCCUGAACUGGGCCCAGCUGCGGGCUGCCAUGAGGGACACAGAUCCUCAAGGCCAUCCGAGAGGGCUACAGGGAGUGGCAGCCAACUUGCUGGAAUUUCGCUCUGGGGUUUUCUCUGACCCCACUGGUAACUUCACCAUUCUCAUCUUCAUCAUCACCAGCAUCAGCAUCACCAUUUUUAUGUAA